GUAAGUUGAAAUGGUCAAAAAGUUUUCACACUGACAGAAUGGUAAUUUAAUGUGUAGCUCUGCAGUCUUCCAAACAUCAGUGGUUUUUCUAAAUAUUGUGCUUACUUCAGCAUGUUGUCAGACCUCUGAUAUGACUAAGAUGCUGAGGCUGACUGAAUCACCAUGCGGUCGCACUUUGUGCAACAGUGCCACUGUUUGCUCAGCAAGCCAAAUCUCCCGACUCCUCCCCCUGAGCAGGCUGUUAAACUCCCGUGAGGUGAUGCCUGCCUGGUAACGUAAUAAAGUUGCUGGAUGCAAUCCCGAGGCACAAUGUGCGGAUCAUGUUCGUCUGACAGACCUGCUCUCUGCACUGCUCCUGCCUUCGCACUGCCUGCUGCUCUUCUGAGGUUCCUGUCCUGGUGUAACUGUCAGAGCAUAAUGGUGGCAUUUAAAGGGAUCUGGACCAAGGACUUCUGGAGGGCUGUAUCCGGAGAGUACCUGGCCACUCUCAUCUUUGUCCUUCUCGGUCUGGGCUCCACCAUCAACUGGGCUGCGGGGGAAGAGAAUCCUCCCCCGGCCGACCUAGUCCUUAUCUCGCUGUGCUUCGGCCUCAGCAUCGCCACCAUGGUGCAGUGUUUUGGCCACAUCAGUGGCGGACACAUUAACCCGGCUGUCACUGCAGCUAUGGUUGUGACUAGAAAGCUGAGCCUGGCCAAAGCGUUGUUCUAUGUGGUGGCUCAGUGCCUGGGAGCUAUUACAGGAGCUGGGAUUCUCUACCUAGUUACACCUGCUGCUCUUAGAGGGUCCCUCGGUGUGACCACGGUGAACUCCAAGAUCUCACUAGGGCAUGGCUUUCUUGUGGAGCUCCUCAUCACAUUUGAACUGGUCUUCACCGUCUUUGCCACUUGUGACCCCAAACGCACAGACCUGGGCGGCUCUGCUGGCUUGGCCAUUGGCUUCGCUGUAGCAAUCGGUCACUUAUUUGCAAUUCCUUACACAGGAGCCAGCAUGAACCCUGCUCGUUCCUUUGGGCCUGCAAUGGUCACACUUAACUUUGAGCACCACUGGGUGUACUGGGUGGGACCCGUUCUCGGGGCCGUGCUGGCUGCCGGCCUGUACGAGUACCUGUACUGUCCUGACCCUGAGAUAAAGAAGAGGCUGAAGCAGGUCCUCCUGAAGGACCCAUCAGGGAAGUACAGGGAGGUAGAGACAGAGGACAUCGCUAUCAAGACGGGCUCUGUCGACCUGGAGAAAAGUGAGAAAAAAGAUCCUUUCCAGGACUCAACGGGAGAGGUGUUGUCCUCUGUAUGACUAUCACGUGCACUGGAAAUGGAGACCAAUCUGUAGAGCAGAUCAGCUUUGGAGUAUGUAUCUUGAGCCCCCCCUUGCUCCAAAAGACUUUGUCCUCAUUGCAGAUUAUGAUCUCUGACCACGAGCAGGGUUGAAUUACUCUCAUUGUCAUUAAGCUAAUAUGACGUUAUGGCUCAAUCCCAUAAAACAUCUGCAGCCCCCCCACCCCACCCCCCCACACACACACACCCCACACCCCACCCCCCUGAGUGAUUUUGUAGUAGUGUUGGCACACAACGCGCAUUGCACGUAAUACGUCACAUUAAAGAAAUAUGUGUUGGGGCAGCCAAUUAGGUGGGGUCAUCUCGCUGAACUGGAGAAGUGAAGAAGAAAAUGUAGCCUUGUUAUUUUUGGAUUAGUGUCACAUUUGGUCCAUGUAUUGUGUGUGUAAUAACAGGAGAGACUUUCCUUGUGAUCAUUAAGCACAUUACAGGUCCCAGGCGAAGUAAGACAGUUGUGACAGGGUUUAUCAUCAGAGUUAUAAUACAGUGAUCUCUAUUUUCAGUGCAUUAGUCAGGGAAACAACCAGCUCAUCUUUACAGAGACAUUGUGUCUCUGUAAAGAGUUAUCUCUGCUCUUUGAUGUUCAUCAUAUCUAUUACUAUAUAAUGAUUUUUUUUUCAUGAAAUUAUGAUACUUAGCUGUUAUUUUGCAGAUCUAGAUUUGGUUCAUGUAAAACAUUUCUUUCUGUAUGAUUUGCUGCAUUUCAUACUCAAGUAUUUAAUUUAUUGAUAAGAUAUUUGGCUGAUCUUUGUAAUUUUAUGCUCAAAUAUUUCUCAGUUAUAAUUGCAAACUCUACAUGCUACAAGAUGUAAAAGAUACAAGUUGUAAUAAUAAUAAUUUUUCACAUUUCUAAGUAAUGAAAGAUUUCUCUUUGACUUUAACUGACUUCAAAAUGUGCAAACAAAAUAUCUACACAAAUCCACUGCAACUUCCAAAUAUUUAUAAGAAAUCUAGUGACCAUACCUACAGGGUUUUUCACUGAAGUCACUUGUUUUUGGUACUAGGAGCUAAGCACCAGGGAGAGGAGAGGUCUGGAUCAAUGAUGGAUCGGCUCAUCUACCUUUAGAUAAUGUCUCCCUAUGGCCAGAUAAAUGUCCAUAAUGUGUGUUUCUUGUGAGUUAAGUCUCUGAGAAUAGCUUCAUAUAAUCUCAUUCCAUCAGCAGAGAGCACAAAAGAAUGAUACCAUUUUGUGAUAGGAAAUAGAGGCGAUCUGUUAUGUCUACGCUUUAUUUCCUUUGCUAAACGAACAGGUGCAAUUCAGUCUUCUUUUCUGUAAUAUGGAGGAAAUGAUCAGCCCCACUGAUCCUGCUGCAUCAACUGAAGUUGUCUACAUGGUGCAGCUAUAUUGCAUUUGUGGAGCUAGAAUGCUGGAGUAAUUCAGAUACUAAAUCAAAAUUGUUUUUUUACUCCUUCAUGGACAAAUUCUCUCCCCAUCUCACCUUCCUUCCUAACAUAGAUGUUUUUGUGUUGCAACAGCAUCACCUACUGGCUGCAGUGUGAAUCUCACAUUGAGCAGAAAUGCUCCCAUUUGUAUUUCUCCAGGGGAGGGCAGCCACGAGCCUUGGAUGUACAGGUUACGCUGCAGACACAGGCAGACACAAGUCACUUUUAUUCAUAAGUCUGAGCCACAUUUCAUUUGAAACUGGUCCAGGCCAUUAAUUCAGAACUACACAGGAGGAUUAAGUGUGGCAUAGCCCUGUAACUGAGGCCCAGUGCUCAAGCAGGAGCCUAAGCAAGUUAAUACUAAAGUACUUUUUCUGUCAGCCUUUGUAUUCUUAGCAUUUUUACCAUUUCAUGAGAGUAUGAGAAAUGCUUAUUUUCACUUGAGCUGCCUAAAUUGAAUUACAUUCCCCAUACUUCUCUGAUUAAACUCCUAAACACCAGAAUGUUGUGGUGUUAACAAAUGCUGUUCUUCAAGGCCUCCUGGAGUUGAAAAAGGACAGCACUUAAAUUCUUAGCAGCACUAUCCUCCACCCGCGGGCACACUGCCUGUAUCCCUUAAGGCUCUCAGUGGCUCGAGGCCAGCACCCUCUCAGCUCCCCCUUCAUCAUCUUUAUAACCCAAAUAAAUGAGUACAUAAAUCUGAUGUUUCAUGCAUUGACUAUUUCCUCUUGGGACAGCGGAUGGGAAAUGGGCUCACUCAGAUAUGAUUUAUCGGCCCUUGCUCAUCUUGAGAUUAAAUAGAGGGAGACAGGUGAGGAUAGCACUCCCCCAUUAGAUCGGGAAUUUGGUUUUGUUAUGAAUUCCAUAUUGGUGAUGGAGAGCAAAAUCUUAAAGGGUAUUUAUUAUAUGCGGCUUCUGUGCAUAUACAGAGUAAGACUCAAACCAGUGCCACUACCAAUCACAUCCUCAGAUUACAUUAGGACUGCAUCCUCUCUGUGUGUUGACGACUUCCAAAAGAUUGCCGCAGACACCUCAAUUAUCAAAAAGCAAACAAAAAGUGACAGCAAAUAAUAGACCAACACUUUUCCAGCUGUUUGUUUGUUAACAUCUGCGGCGGCUUAUCAGCAAGAUGUUGAGCAGAAAACUGAUAAUGCGCGGACAGCCUUCACAGUGGCCGACUCUGUAAUUCAUUAAUUUACAUUCGCAUACAUCGCAAAUACCAACAAUGGCUGUAUGAUGUGAAUAUUGUUAUAACCAGAGCUUCAUUUGCACAUCAUACAAGAUGCCAGCAAAGUAUAUCUCAAAGUGCAUCUUAUGCUUAUCUAACUGAGAACAGGCAGAUUUCUUGCGACUUGAAAAUUCAGAUUCUCAAUUCCCAGCACACAACAGAAGGGGCGAAAGAUAAAACACACACCUUAAAGAUCAUUAGCAAUUAAUAUUUGGGGAUUCAUGAAGAAAAACAGCGUUAAACACUUGUUUAAUAAUUCAUACUAUAAACAAGAAAGUCUCCCACUUCCUUAAUAAUUUAGACGUAAGCUAAUGUUGAUUUAUUCAGGAAGGUCUCUGCCACCAGCACCGCCUGGAGUGCCCAAAUUUGAAUUAAAGUAGGACAGUAGCAGGCGAGUCUGUAAUAACAUUUGUAUAAUUUUAUUAUUGCUCUGGGCUCAGUUCAUUUCCUCCUCCAGUAGCUGCGUGAAAUUGUUUGAUUCUGGAAACUGCCUUGAGUCUGCGGCUCUGGGGUUGGAGGGUGGUACAGGAACAGGAAGGCAUGCGACACUCUCUCUCUCUCCCUCCCUCUUUCCUUCUCUCUCUCUCUCUCUCUUUCCCUCUCUCUCUCUCUCUCUCUCUCUCUCUCUCUCUCUCUCUCUCUCUCUCUCUCUCUGUCUGAUGCUGUCAGACACAUAAACACAGACAGACACACGCACACACACACACACACACACACAGCGCCAUGUACACACACAUACACACAUGUAGAGGGAGAGAUAAAUAACUUUAUUAUUCUGGGUUUUGUAAUACUGUUACAUUGGCUCACUUAAUAACUCAAGCUGUCUUGAGAAUAUGAUUGAUAUUCUCACUCACCUUGUCACUUAUGAUAAAUAUUUUACUGCAUUUAUGCGACAUAGCUAAGAAACGGAAUAACUCAUUCAUUACAUUAUCAGAUCAUAUGAAUAUGAGAGUUUGUGUUUAUGUCUUUUUCCAGUAGAGAAAUUGCCAUUUCUGGUUUGCAUUAGAAAGAAAGUCCCUUCCACUGUUUCUGUCUGUGUGAAGAGUUUGUUUGUAAAGAAGCUGAUCUGAUGAAAUUCCAGCUUUUUUGUAACUUUACCACUAAGAAAUAUUUCAUUUCAUUUGGCCCACGAGGAAGUAUUAAAGUUCAUAAUCAUUUGGAGGUUUUUACUGA